AUGUCUUCGAUAGUGAUUUCAUUGGCCCAUUUCUGUGACAAGCAUGGCCCAAGGAUCAUAUCGGUUACACAAUCCGCAGAAAAGGGAACAUUGGGUGAGGAGUUACUAGUACCUGAUUAUCCGACUGAAUCAUAUUGCGAAUCAUGUCUUUUACAGUUUCCGGAAGAAUCAACUAGAUCGAUGCGGUGCUUCAUCAGAGAUGUUCCUUUUAUAACCACACAGUAUUCUUCUAUACGAUACCAAUUGUUAAAUUCUAUUAUCAAAAGAGCCUUCUCUGAAGAAACAAUGAUCUAUGAUAAUAUGCCUUUCAUAUUUUUUGAUGAUCUUAGAGGGCUAAAUUUGGUAAUAGGCUUUAAAUUGUAUGACGAAAAUGCUAGAGGUAAUGAAAGAAGAUAUUGUUUCAUUCUGACAGUUGAUUCCCGAAGCCACGAAAAUUCGAUGGAAAUGUUGAGUGAACACUGGAACUUUAUUAUUGGUGGAUUUGAUAAAAUGAUUGCUCAUAUCAAAAGUAUUCAUAAAAGUGAAUUCUUGAGUAAAAAUCAAACGGUUGAUAAUAAUAUGGAAACCUUGAAUAAUAACGCUUUCAUUGGCACAUAUCUACGUGCAAAUAAAUCUAAAAUCGGUCGUAACUUGGUUUCUCUAACAGACGAUAGAUUUCUUUUUGUUCGAAUUCAUAAAUGGAAUUCAUUUCUACUUCAUACUCUGAUAAAAGAAGAGGAAAUUAGCUCAAGAACGUGA